CAAAUCUUACAUGAGGAAAAAGCCGGUUGAGUUCCGACUUCCCGACGGUCACAGUCCCACCUCGUCGGUUACCGUUUAUUAACAAAAUGUAUUACAAAUUUAGUGGAUUUACACAAAGACUGACGGGAGUCGUGUCAUCCUCCGCCUACAGUCCGCAGGGGGUGAGGUCAAACAUACCGUCUGAAUCCCCUAGCAUCAUCUUUGCCACCCCAACUAAACUGGUGUCUGAGUCAAAUGCUGCAGUGGAGUAUAUGGGUGCCAACAAGGUUCCAGAUCUCCAGAGGAUAUUUCAGGUAUGUACAUGUGCUGGUCAUAUAAUUAGAAUAUCAUCAAAAAGUUGA